AAAGCUUGGGUUCCUUUAGUCUGAGUGUUGCUGUUUUCGACGCAGGUGGUUUCACACAUGACGAGCUACUGAAGGUGUGGAAAGGAUUGUUCUAUUGUAUGUGGAUGCAGGACAAGCCGCUCCUCCAGGAGGAGCUCGGCAGGACCAUUUCGCAGCUUGUCCACGCUUUCCAGACCACAGAGGCCCAGCACCUGUUCGUUCGGACCUUCUGGCAGACCAUGAACCGCGAGUGGACGGGCAUUGACAGACUGCGCCUGGACAAGUUCUACAUGCUCAUGCGGAUGGUCCUGCACGAGUCCUGGAUGGCCCUGAAGACGCAGGGCUGGGAAGAGAGACAAACUGAGCAGCUGCUGGAGCUGCUGACCACGGAGAUCCUGCACCCUGACAGCCAGGCCCCCAGUGGGGUGCGGAGCCACUUCAUCGAGAUCUUCCUGGAGGAGCUGGCCAGAGCUGGUGCCCACGAGCUGACGGCCGAGCAGAACCUCCGGCUCAUCGACCCCUUCUGCCGCAUCGCCGCCCUCACUCAGGACUCCCUGGUUCUGCAUAACAUCACUCGAGGCAUCUUUGAAACGAUCGUGGAGCAGGCCCCGCUGGCCAUCGAGGAGCUCAUGAAUGAACUGGACGCGCAAGAGGAGGAGGAGGGUGAGGAACAGGACUUGCCGUCCAGGAGGCCACAUAAAGGCUCCGUCUGUGGGACUGGACCCGACCCGGGUGCGGAGCAGUCGGACGACGACGAUGAGGGCAAUGCUGGCUCCGUCCUCCAGUUUGACUAUGAGGCUGUUGCCAACAGACUGUUUGAAAUGGCUAGUCACCAGGACACCCCUCCUCCAAACCGGAAACGUCUCUACAAAGUGAUCCGAAAGUUGCAGGGCCUCGCGGAAGGCUUCUUCCCUGAAGAUGACAUCCCAGAGAAAGCCUACAGGUGUGUGCGGGGAGGGCGGCGCGUGAAGAUGAAGAGGCGCCUGUCCCAGCUGCAGAGCAGGACGGGGAGAGAUGCGGGGGAGGCCUUGUGUCCAGACCCGAGCCCCAGACCCGCGAGGAGAAGGCGGCAGCGGAGCACAGGGGCUGACCCCACCGUGUCCCAGGAGCAGCCCGGGGGCCGGGGAGGGAGAGGGGCCCAGAGGGGGCGGCGGCCGCUGGCAGGGGCCAACGCGAAGGUGGCCAGUUACCAGGAGCCGAAAGGGAAGAGGAAGCAGACCCUAGAGGGCAAAAGUGAUGUCGCCAGGCCCACCAGGGAGGAGGAGGCAGGAUAGUCGGACCGAGUCCAGAGACUCUGACACCAGCUGCUCCCCAGUGUACUGAGUCCGCAGCAGCCGAGGUCAGAGCUGACGGUGGUUGGGCCAGCACUUAGCGCCCAUGUCCCAGGAAGAGCUGCUCCUGUGCUGACCCGGGUCAGGCCGGGGGACCCCCACCGACACCGCCCUCAGCAGGAGACGCAGCUCGCUGGGCGUCCUCAAAUAAAGCGCUCCGAGGGUCGUGCAGACCGA